AUGGAACCAAACGCGACCGAAGAGCGACCCAGUGGAAGCUCAACCCCUUCUCCACGAGUCCCGUUUCUCCAAGUCAUCGCUCGACUUGAAAGGAACCGGCUUUUGCUGGAGGGUAUCUGGGCGAGCUUGACGCCUGAAGUCCAGCAAGCGCUGGACAUGGCAGCUCAAGCGGCCGAGGCGGAGCUGGAGGGAGUUGACGCGCAGCCUAACCGGAUGCGCGACUUCAAUGUCUCCCGUGCCGUGGAUCCCAAGGUGUCAGACCUGGAAUCUCGUGUGUCUGAACUUGUGCACCAGCUGGAGGCAGCCCGGCAAGAAGCCAAUGUCAAGGCCGGAUCAGUCGACUUCCUAACCCAGGAACGUGACCAUCUGAAGGAAAGCUUGGCCCAAGAGAGAGCCACUGUCGCGCGCCUGCAAAGCAAGGCCAUCGACUCCGCCGCUGAAAUCAGCAGGCUGAAAAGCGUCAUUGAGGGACAGCGGAUGGGUGACGCCUCCAUUGACCAAAAGGUCUGGGCUCGUUCCCGAAAGAAGGAGAAAGCCAUCCGGGCCCUGAAAACUACCUCGAACUCUGGAAUGAUGACGGAUCGCGUGAGAACCGGACGACGCAUCGAGGAGGUCAUCGAGGAAAUCGAGGAUGAGGAUGUGGACGAGCCGGCGCCGCAGCCUGUGGAUAGCAACCCUGGCGUGAAGCUCCCCUCGGAGUCCGCUUUGUCCACUCGGUUUGCCGUUGAGAGGCAAGCAGCCCCGAACCCGCAGGGCGGGAGUGCCCCGGCCCGAACGGCCUCCAAUUACAAGCCCAAGUCUCCAGAGGAUCUCUUCGCUGCUCUUCGCGCGCAUCGUGCAAACGCGGUCAAGGCCAACCCAAGCAUCUUGACCGAGGGCUUCAGAGCUGCCGACCGCGACGAAGCGCAGAGGCAUGAACACCCUCUUGUCAACGGAUAG